AUGGCCUCUCAAUUUAAUCGCAUCCUAGCCAUCCUCGGCGUCUCUGCCCUCCUCAUUGUCACCCCUGUUAACGCGAAUGGUUGCUACGGUGGUGGCGAGACCUGGGGCGACGUGGCCGAUAACACAGAUAUUUUCAAUGCAAUGAAUGGUGCGUGUGCUAGUUUCGCCGGAACCUUCAGUUCUGGCCAGACGAAGAGUGUUUGCAGCCAAUUUCCAAAAGGGGACCGUGCCAAUUGGGUUGUGACGAACAACCAAGGGGAUUCCCAGACCUUGCUUGCAUCCGACUGCGUUGCUGCAAUGACCAUUGAGAUCAACGCCUGCUCCCAUGGAAGCGAGCAGCAGCACGGUGACUUUCACUACCAGAACGACCCUAACGCGGGAAAUUGCUAG